CCCAACCUUCUUCUUCCCUAAGAUUAGUUUUUUUGCACUUCUCUCUUUCCCUCGAUCGCUGCUUCUUCGCCGCUCAAUCUCUAGUUCCGUUCCGUUAGUUCUUCGUCGGAGAUACGGGGUGGCGAGAAUCCUGCUGCAAGUGGUAGCUGUUUGAUACUGAGUGAUUUUGUCACAGCAACAUGAAUAUGCCGCUGUUGGAUAUUCAACCACGAACGUUGCAGUUUGCAGUUGACCUGAAGAAGCAGAGUUCUUGCGUGGUACAGCUAACCAAUACUACCCAUCAUUAUGUUGCAUUUAAGGUUAAAACCACAUCACCUAAGAAGUACUGUGUUCGUCCAAAUGUUGGUGUUGUUGAACCAAAAUCAUCCUGUGAAUUCACUGUCAUUAUGCAAGCUUUUAAAGAACCACCUCCAGAUAUGGUUUGCAAAGACAAAUUCUUAAUCCAGAGUACUGCUGUAUCUGCGGAAACAACUGAUGAAGACAUCACAGCUAGCAUGUUUUCGAAAGCGGAAGGCAAACACAUAGAGGAGAACAAACUCAGAGUCACUCUCGUGCCGCCCUCUGACUCACCUGAACUAUCUCCAAUCAAUACACCGAAGCAGGAAGCAGGAUUUAAAGAUUCCAUCCUCAAGGAUCGUUUAUAUAGCCAGUCAGAGACCCUAGCUCCGCCACAAUAUGAGGGUGAGAUUGGAAAAGAGCCUAGGAUGGUUGGACAUGAUGAGUUAAAGGCAACCGACAAUGCAAAGGAGUUAAAGACACCAAAAAUGGCGACCGUGGAUUUUAUGGAAGAUCGAUAUACUGCUAAUGACUUGAAGGCAACUAAAGAUAGCUACGAUUCAUCGAGGAUGGCAAAGGAAACUGGAUUCGAUCCAAUUAUGUCUCAUAAGGUUGCAGAUGAUGGAAGGGGGAUUAAGGCAACAACUAAUUUGGACGCUCCCAUGAAGAAGGCCAUGGAUCUACCUAGGGAUCAAGGGUUUACUAAUGGAAUAGCUUCAGUUGACAAUGCAACCUAUCCCGAUGAACCAAAGGUACCUAAGGAGAGAGAUGUUGUCCAGCUGCAGAAAACAGAUGGCCAGAAUGCCAGAGGAUUGGAUGAACUUAAGUUGGUUAAAGACAUUGAGGAGAUGAAGCUGAAAGUGGAUGCUCUUGAAUCCAAGUUAAAACAGGCUGAUUCAACCAUUUCGAAGCUAAUGGAGGAGCGAUCGAUAAGCUCCCAACACAGACAAAGCUUGCAACAUGAGCUGGCGGAACUGAGAACGAAGAAGAUAGUGAAAGAAGUGCACAAUGGGUUCCCUCUGCUGUAUUUAUGCGUUGUGGCAUUCAUCAGCUAUGUUAUCGGAUGGGCGUCCAUAGCUUCGUAUCUACCACAAAGAACGGACAAUGAUAUCAAGAACUACUGGAACACACAUUUGAAGAAGAAGCUCAACAAGUCCGAGACUGACGAGAGAAGCAGAUCAGAGAACAUGGUGUUGCAAACUUCCGCCACGAGAAACACCCUUAAUCAUAGAUCUACCUAUGCUUCAAGCACCGAAAACAUUUCCCGCCUUCUUGAGGGUUGGAUGAGAGCAUCUCCAAAGAGUAGUACAACAACUACUUUCUUGGAACACAAAAUGCAGAACCGGACAAACAAUUUCAUCGAUCAUCACAAUGAUCAGUUUCCAUACGAGCAGCAUCAAGGUUCUUGGGAAGAGGGUCAUAGCAAAGGAAUCAACGGGGAUGGUCAGGGUAUAAAGAAUUCAGAGAGUAACAACGGUGAUGAUGUUCAUCAUGAAGAUGGUGAUGAUGAUGAUGAUCAUCAUAAUGCUACACCACCAUUGACAUUUAUUGAGAAAUGGCUUUUGGAGGAAACAAGUACUGCUGGGGGCCAAAUGGAAGAGAUGAGCCACUUGAUGGAGCUCUCUAAUAUGCUUUAAUUGUGACAUUUUCUCCUUUGUUUUUCUUUUUCCUUGUGAAUCUUAUUAAUGAGACUACUAAUUUUAUGUACACGAAUAAAGAAACCAGAAAGACAUAAUAUCAUAUGUGUUUUGGUUUCUCUAAGAUAUAAGUAGCUAAAAUGCUCACUGCAUAAGUUGUAACUAAUCUAAACUUGUCUACCCAUUUACAUGAAUAAAAUCCAAUCUAAGAC